UCAUUUAACAGACGUCCCAAGUGAAAGAAGGUGUUUCAGUAUAGAAUUGUGUCAACUCGUGUGAUCUUCUCAACGAACUGGGAUCAAAAUAGAAAUUUUACUGGUGAAUAUAUAUUUGGAUACGUGAAAAUGAAGGGAGCAGUUGCCCUUUUACUGUUAGGGCUGGUCGCAGCCUUGGCAAGUGCCAAAGAUGAGAAAAAAGACAAAGAGGACAUUGGAACGGUGAUAGGAAUUGAUUUGGGAACAACAUAUUCAUGUGUCGGCGUUUACAAGAAUGGUCGUGUGGAAAUUAUCGCCAACGAUCAAGGAAACCGUAUCACACCGUCUUAUGUUGCGUUCACGCCGGAUGGUGAAAGACUGAUCGGUGACGCAGCCAAGAACCAGCUGACGACAAAUCCUGAAAACACAGUAUUUGACGCAAAGCGUUUGAUUGGCCGAGAAUGGUCAGACAGCACUGUUCAGCAGGAUGUCAAGUUCUUCCCGUUCACUGUUAUUGAGAAAAACAGUAAACCCCAUAUCAAAGUUUCCACUAGUCAGGGAGACAAGGUAUUCGCACCUGAGGAAAUAUCUGCCAUGGUUCUUAAUAAAAUGAAGGAAACUGCAGAGGCCUACUUGGGCAAGAAAGUCACACAUGCUGUAGUCACUGUACCUGCGUACUUCAAUGACGCUCAAAGACAGGCAACCAAAGAUGCUGGAACUAUUUCUGGUCUGAAUGUUAUGAGAAUCAUAAACGAGCCAACGGCUGCUGCAAUUGCUUACGGUCUUGACAAGAAGGAUGGAGAGAAGAAUGUCUUAGUAUUUGAUCUGGGUGGUGGUACUUUUGACGUCAGUCUCUUGACUAUUGACAACGGUGUGUUCGAAGUUGUGUCUACAAACGGUGACACCCAUUUGGGAGGUGAAGACUUUGACCAGAGAGUUAUGGACCACUUCAUCAAACUCUACAAGAAGAAGAAGGGCAAAGACAUCCGUAAAGAUAACAGAGCCGUGCAGAAACUCCGAAGAGAAGUUGAGAAGGCGAAGAGAGCACUAAGCGCCAGUCACCAGGUCAGGAUUGAGAUUGAAUCCUUCUUCGAGGGUGAAGACUUCUCUGAGACGCUGACACGAGCCAAAUUCGAAGAGCUGAACAUGGAUCUCUUCCGCAGUACGAUGAAGCCUGUACAGAAAGUUUUGGAGGAUGCCGACAUGAGCAAAAAAGACGUAGAUGAGAUUGUUCUCGUUGGUGGAUCCACAAGGAUACCGAAGGUCCAGCAACUUGUGAAAGAAUUCUUUGGCGGCAAGGAGCCAUCGAGGGGCAUCAAUCCUGAUGAAGCUGUAGCGUACGGAGCUGCGGUACAGGCUGGUGUACUUUCUGGGGAACAAGACACCGACGCAAUUGUCCUUUUGGAUGUUAACCCUCUGACCAUGGGUAUUGAAACUGUUGGAGGAGUUAUGACCAAGCUUAUCCCAAGAAACACUGUAAUCCCGACGAAAAAAUCGCAAAUAUUCUCUACAGCAUCGGACAAUCAGCACACAGUAACGAUUCAGGUUUACGAAGGUGAGAGACCGAUGACCAAGGACAAUCACUUGCUGGGCAAGUUUGAUCUGACUGGCAUCCCACCGGCGCCACGAGGAAUCCCUCAAAUUGAAGUGACUUUCGAAAUCGACGCGAACGGUAUAUUGCAAGUAUCUGCUGAGGACAAGGGAACUGGUAACCGUGAAAAAAUCGUCAUCACCAACGAUCAGAAUCGGUUGACACCAGAUGACAUUGAAAGGAUGAUCAAAGACGCUGAGAAGUUUGCCGAUGAUGACAAGAAACUGAAGGAGCGAGUAGAGGCGCGAAACGAACUCGAAUCAUACGCGUACUCGCUGAAGAAUCAAUUGUCUGAUAAGGAAAAGCUCGGUGCCAAGGUCAGCGAUUCUGAUAAAUCGAAAAUGGAGGAAGCCAUUGAAGAGAAGAUCAAGUGGCUCGAAGACAAUCAAGACACUGAACCGGAAGAAUACAAGAAGCAAAAGAAGGAAUUGGAGGAAAUAGUUCAGCCUAUUAUCGCCAAGCUUUACCAAGGCGCAGGUGGUGUUCCACCAACAGGUGGUUCCCCUGAUGAAGAUGAUGAUCUUAAGGAUGAACUUUAAUUGCAGAGAGCCCUUUGCGUUCUAUAGACUGAAAAAAUCAUCCUUUAAGCAAAUACUUCAGAUAUUAUUAUACGACGAUACCGACUUGUACACUGUACAUAAAUACGCAGCUGGAUUCGUGAUGGCAAAAAGUUUUUUUUUUCGCUAGCCAAGUAGAAAAUAACGCGAGUUUAGAAGAGAAAGAAGCUAGACGUAAAUCGUCGAAUCGUUGUAUCAAUCUUUGAAGCAUAUUUGCUGUAAAAUAAUUCCACCUCCAUACCCCUGAAGGAAAAAAAAUGAGACACGAAGCAGCAAUAUUUCCUUUUUCGGAAUAUUGUCUAUGAAGGAGUUGAACGUCAAUUCCUGUGUAAGACUUCACUGUGUUGUUAAUUUAUUUUGAUUAUUUUAUAUGUUCCAUUAAUAUAGUAAUCGAAUACAUUUGAAAAUAUUUGUGAGACUGGGAGUGAAGAGACAAAAGCGUGUCUGAUGCGUGAAUGCCAGUGUAGUUUCUUAUUGUUAUUGUGGUAUAUGUGUAGCAUAUACAAUAAUAUUGUAUGAGUGCGUGAAUGCAAGAUGUAUCCUAUCAGUAUCACAAAAUAAACAUUUUUUCAGUAAAGUAA